CUGGUUACCAACCAUCUGCCCCAUUUGACUGUUGGUGAGCUGAUCAUACAAGACGAACUAUUGCUGGACCCGAUUUGGUCAGCCGAGUCAGACACAAUUGAAACUGAGCUGAUCCACGGACACUCAAAUUCCUCGGAUUCCAUCGAUUCAGUGUGUAGCCCAGAGCAAUUGGAUGCUGCUUUUCUGGCUAUUCACGUCCAUUUGGACCAGUCCAGUCCUGAUCGGCCUCGUUGGUUCGUUCUGGACUCGGAUGCUAACCGAUCUGUUCGUCAUUUGGUCUCCUACGUGCACGCACUAACCGCCGGUCACAUUGAUCGGCUUGUCCCGUACGGGGCAGUGCUCGGGCAACGUGUUCCCGAUCUACUUCUGCAGUCGGCUGAUAGCAUAUUUGCGGUGAAUCAACACGUGAUUCGAUUGAUGGAAUACUUGUGGCGUCGUUUGCAUAUGAUAAUGCCUCGAAGAUUAGAUGUGCUGACCAUCAACGCACUGGCCCGCAGUCCUGGAUCCUAUUCACCAACCAGUAAUGCCUUCUCCGGUAGCCUUCGACUACGCAAGUCUCUCACAAACGAAGAUUUGUACAUCGAUCCGGUGGAAAAUGUGAUCAAUAGUGUGGAUCCAAAGGUGUUUCGGUAA